CUCUUUCAUCCGGAUGCUUUUCCCAGAAAAGCUCGAUUCUGACAAAAAGGGACGACCAACCACUGCGGGCUCCAAAAUCAAGAAACAGGCCAACGACCUGGUGAACACGCUAAUGAAGUGCACCCCACACUACAUCCGCUGCAUCAAGCCCAAUGAGACCAAGAAGCCGCGGGACUGGGAGGAGAGCAGGGUGAAGCACCAAGUCGAGUACCUGGGGCUGAAGGAGAACAUCCGGGUGCGCCGGGCGGGAUUCGCCUACCGCCGCCUCUUCCACAAAUUCCUGCACCGCUACGCCAUCCUCACCCCCGAGACGUGGCCGUCCUGGCGCGGGGACGAGCGCCAAGGGGUGCAGCACUUGCUGUGCUCCGUCAACAUGGACCCGGACCAGUACCAGAUGGGUCGGAGCAAGGUGUUUGUCAAGAACCCCGAGUCGCUCUUCCUCCUCGAAGAGAUGCGGGAGAGAAAAUUCGACAGCUUUGCCCGGGUGAUCCAGAAGGCCUGGCGCCGGCACAUCGCUGUCCGGAAGUACGAGCAGAUGCGGGAGGAGGCCUCCAACAUCCUCUACAACUUCAAAGAGCGGAGGAGGAACAGCAUCAACAGGAAUUUCGUGGGCGAUUACCUGGGCAUGGAUGAGCGGCCGGAGCUGCGCCAGUUCCUGGCCAAGCGGGAGCGGAUCGACUUCGCCGACUCCGUCACUAAGUACGACCGGAGGUUCAAGCCCAUCAAGCGGGACUUCAUCCUCACCCCCAAGUACUUCUACCUGAUCGGGCGGGAGAAGGUGAAGAAAGGUCCCGAGAAGGGGCAGAUCAAGGAGGUGCUCAAGAAGAAGGUGGAGCUCCAGGCGGUGAGCGGCGUCUCGCUGAGCACCAGGCAGGAUGACUUCUUCAUCCUUCACGAGAACAAUGCCGACAAUUUCUUGGAGUCCAUCUUCAAGACAGAGCUGAUCAGCCUGCUGUGCAAACGCUACGAGGAGCUCACCCAUGCCAAGCUGCAGCUCUCCUUCAAGGACACACUACAGUUUCGGGUGAAGAAGGAGGGCUGGGGCGGUGGUGGCACCCGCAACAUCACCUUCGUCAGAGGACAGGGCGAC